GUGACCAAAGGCCAUGGCGCUCUAGUUACCAGUCAUUAUGAAACUGUUACCUCUCCUAUUUCUCUUCCUCUCAUGCCCAGCAUCAUUGGCUGGCCAGACGUUCUGCAGUGAUCAUAAUGGUGCCAGGUAACACAACUGAUGUCUUUGUGGGAAUUGGAGUUUUCGUAGUGGUAAUAUCUAUUUCUUGCUUGGUUAUCCAUGUAUGGAUCAAAACACAGCAACAGAGAGAACAAGCAAUAUUAAAGUUACGACGAAUGUCUUUGGCAAUACAAAGUGUGAUAAACCUAUGGAGGAUGGAUGGUGGCAACUUGGGAUUUUCACAGUUUGAUUACUCUCAUUUGAAAGAAGCUACAAAUAACUUUUCGGUUGAUAAUAAACUGGGAGAAGGUGGCUUCGGUCCUGUAUACAAGGGCCAAUUGAGAAGUGGAAUGAAAAUAGCAGUGAAGAAGCUAGAAGCAUGUUCUUUACAAGGAUUGUUGGAAUUCCAAAAUGAAAUUCAGCUUAUAGCAAAGCUUCAACACAAAAAUCUCGUUAAGCUGCUGGGUUGUUGCACUAGAGGAGAUCAAGAAGAGAUGCUUAUAUAUGAAUACAUGGAAAAUAAAAGUCUGGAUUACUUCAUAUUUGAUAAUGUGAAGGGAACACACCUGAACUGGUCAAAGCGUCUUCACAUAAUUGAUGGGAUAGCUCAAGGGAUUCUUUACCUUCACAAUUAUUCAUGGCUAUGUGUUGUUCAUAGGGAUUUGAAAGCAAGUAACAUUCUCUUGGAUAGUGAAAUGAAUCCAAAAAUAUCAGAUUUUGGGAUGGCCAGAAUAUUCUGUUCAAAUGUGAAAGAAUCAAAUACUACCAGAAUAGUGGGCACACAUGGCUACAUACCUCCUGAAUAUGCUUUUCAUGGGAUUUGCUCCAUCAAAUCAGAUGUUUUUAGCUAUGGGGUAUUGACAUUGGAAAUUUUAAGCUCAAAAAGGACAGCCCAAUUCUACAAGUACAAUGGAAAGCUAUAUAAUCUCAUCUCAUAUGCUUGGCAACUUUGGACCGAAGGAAAAGUAGGUGAGCUGAUUUAUUCUCCUCCAGGCAAUGUACACAAAGAGAUUGAAAGGCGCAUUCAUGUGGCACUCUUAUGUGUUCAAGAAAGCGCAGAGCAUCGACCUGAUAUGGAGCGAGUUGUCACAAUGCUAAACAAUAAGGAUGUGAGCUUACCAAAGCCUACGCAGCCAGCUUACUUCCAUGUAAAUCCUAGUGAGGAAGAAGUUUCAUCACAGAGUGUUACUAUGACUAUGAGUAUCACGCUAGAAAGUACCUACAUGUCCAACCUGAAAUCCCUUGCUGAAGACCUGAUUGGCAGCAUCACAAGCUCAAACUCACACUCAGCUCAUGGCGCAGCCGGAACAGGUGCUGGCAGGGUCUAUGGAGCGGUUCUAUGCAGAGGAGACACCAACCCAGGUAAAGAUUGUGCACGGCGCCUUGAGGCCCUUUAUGCAGCCAUCAGCAACAGCAGUAGCUCUUGCUCCUCGCAGAAGAACAUAAACCUUUUCGAUGACAGAAACCGGACCCAGCUAAUAUUCUCUGAUCAGGACUUCAGCUCCAGCAACGCUCAGGAAUGCGUAGUGAGCGGUAAUCUGAACCCUCCACCAGUUAGUGAUGAUGCUGACUCAGAGUUCGAUGUGCCUCUUUCCAAACUGAUGAACCAGCUUGCUGAUGACAUGGUGAGUAAAUCAGUCAGCAGGUACGAGACAGGCCAGGGCUGGCUCCCUCAAACGAAUCAGACAGUAUAUGGGCUUGUGCAGUGCACAGAUGAUAUUGCAUGGGAGGAUUGCGGAGGUUGCCUGAAGGGCAUUAUAAACAACAGGAAGCAGAUGGUUGGUACUGGACAGAUAGUAGGUGCAAUCCUAGGGAUGUACUGCAGCUUGUGGUACCAGACUGAUGUUAAGUUCUUUGCUGGUAAGCCGAAGUUGUCAGUAGAUAUGCCCGUAGACCCCCCACCAAACAAAUUUUGGAUCUGGGUCACUAUUGGAUCAUUCUCCAUCGUGGUUUCUGUUUCUUGGUUGCUUGUUCAUAUAUGGAUCAGAACAGAGAGAAAAAGAGAACGAGCAAGAUACGAACUGCAAUUGCUGUCAAUGGCAAUACAAAAUGUUAUAAAUCUUUGGAGGAUUGAAGAAGGAAAUUCAGGAUUUUCGCUGUACGAUUUCUCUCAGAUAAAAGAAGCCACUGGCACCUUCUCAAGCGAAAACAAACUUGGAGAGGGUGGCUUUGGACCUGUUUAUAAGGGCCUAUUGCCUGGUGGUGUUGAAGUAGCAGUCAAAAGGCUUGCAGCAUGUUCCAUACAAGGUUUACUAGAGUUCAAAAAUGAAAUUCAGCUGAUAGCAAAGCUUCAGCACAAAAAUCUCGUUAGGUUGCUCGGCUGUUGUAUCGAAGGAGAUCAAGAAAAGAUACUCGUCUACGAAUAUAUGCAAAACAAAAGCUUGGACUUAUUCAUAUUUGAUCCAAAGAAAAGAGUACAGUUAGACUGGUACAUGCGUCUACAUAUAAUUGAUGGGAUAGCACAGGGGAUCUUGUACCUUCACAAGCAUUCACGCUUAUGUAUUGUUCAUAGGGAUUUGAAAGCAAGUAACAUUCUCUUGGAUAGGGACAUGACUCCAAAAAUUUCUGAUUUUGGAAUUGCUAGAAUAUUCAGUUCAAAUAUGACAGAAUCAAAUACCACCAGAAUAGUCGGCACACAUGGCUACAUAUCUCCAGAGUAUGCCUUUGAUGGGAUUUGCUCAAUCAAAUCAGAUGUGUUUAGCUUUGGCGUCUUGGUCUUGGAAAUAAUAAGUGGAAAGAGGACUACUGGUUUCUACCAAUAUGAUGGAAAAUUGUACAAUCUCAUUUCUUAUGCUUGGAAACUCUGGAGAGCAGGAGACUGGUACCAGCUGGUCUGCUGUCCUAUAGGAAAUGAUCAUGAAGCUAUACAAAGGUUCAUUCAGGUGGCACUGUUAUGUGUCCAAGAGAGUGCAGAAGACAGACCUACUAUGGACCAUGUGGUUACCAUGCUAAAUGGUGACAAUGUGAGUUUGCCUAAGCCAAGGCAACCAGGUUAUUUCUUUGUACGUUCUAACGAGUCAGAAGCCCAAUCAAGCAACUUCAGUAUAAGUAUUACAUUGGAAAGGUAGACACUGUCAAUCCAUGAAAUUGUGAACCAUGUUUCUAAUUUUCUAUGACACUAGGAAUGGUCCAAGCCUAACAAGUGGUUUGUCUAUAUGUACGAUAAUGACAUUGUCAUUGUUUAGCCAAACAGUGUUUCCAGUUUU